GACUUACAAUUGCAGUGAGCGUGUCAGUAGGCAUCGGCAUCACAAAUCUAGAUUUAUUAAAAACCUGAACUCGUUUCAAAUACACGUUCAAUAUUCCGAGCCUGAAGCCACUUGAUCUUGAAGUAAUAAUUACGAAAGCAUACACUAGAUCGCCGAGACAAUCGAAAUGGAUAGCCCGGCUACGAAGCGAAAGAAAUGUUCGGCCGAUCCUACGGAAUCCAUAGAACCAUUGCUAUCCACAUCUGUUUCCAUACCAUUAAAGACCAAUGGCCGAGCUAAUGCAAAUCCAAUCGAUAUAUUUGCGUUGAAUGGUGAUUGUCUACGGAAUGUGUGCGAUUAUUGUAGCUUCGCCGACCUGUAUAAUAUGUGCAUAGCAAGUGAUAAACUGGAAAUUCAAAUCGUACAAAACGCUGUCAGAGGGCGUACCGUUAAGUUCAGCGAACUGGCUGAUAGCUGUAACAUUUUGGAUGUUUUUAGAAUAUUCGGCUCGAACAUGACCAAAUUGGACAUAGCCGAGAAGGAUAUUCAAUACAAAGAACGGAAAUUUUCAAAAUUUGAUGAAAUUUUGCGACUGAUAUCGACUCACUGUUCGAUGGACACCAUAAAGCAUUUGACUUUGCAGUACUGCAGUGGGACUACCAUCAAGAAACGUUUUCUGUAUGCAUCGCUUCCGUUCUUUCGUGGCAUCGAUUCGCUAAAAAUUGCCGAAACGGAUCAGUAUUCAUCCGACGAUUGCAUCAAUUAUUUCGAAUCCAACUGCGACUACAAUCCGGACGUGAAUAACUUCGUCGAGCGCAUUGUAUCGAAUGCGGUCAACAUCAGUUCACUUCAGCUGCAUAAUCUGAAGCUAUCGGGACGAUUGUUUUAUCUGCAACACAUGGAUAAUUUGAAGGAACUAUCCCUGGACGGUUGUAACAUACGUGUUCCCGAUGCAUUUCUGUCGUUUGUGCGUGGAAAACCGAAUUUGCAAUCGCUGACGUGGAGUAACUCGUCGUUGCGUGGCAUGGACACAAAUAGAUCGCAUUCGUCAAAUUUCGUGUACGAAUUGGUCGCUGAGAGUAUGCCAGAUUUGGCAGCUUUUCAUUAUUAUCCAAACGAAGGUUUCAUCAACGACAGUGACAAAUACGACAGCGAAUUUCUGUUCCGAAUGCCCGACUAUAGUCACCUUGCCAAGUUUAACAAUUUGAAAGAAUUAUCGAUUCCUGGAGUGACCAUUGCAGGUUUGAAUGUCCUCGCACAGAAGAACACCGUUGAAAAACUGCUAACCUGCUUUUCGAAAGCGCCUUCCAAUCGAAACAACAGUGCCUAUGACUUCAAAUUCUUGCAAAGUUUUAGUAGUUUGAAAUGCAUCCAACUAUUCACAUCAUUUGACGAUAGGGCUCAGAAAUUUAACAAGGAACUUCUGACAAAAGCACAAUAUCUAACGGAGUGCUAUCUGGACUUCUUUCAAAUUGACGAACAGCUGAUAACAAUAGCCCUUGAAUCAGCUCGAAAUCUGUCGAAGUUACACAUUUCGUUCAGAAGAGGUAGAUUUUCGACCGCUUUGUACGCGAAACUACGAGCGAUCAGAUCGAAACACAGUUCAGCCAGAAGUCCGUUGGUUAUUUGUCUGGAGAAAAAAUUGGCAAAACAGUUACUGUCUCGGUUAAAAACAAACUACCGACCGGAUGUUAUUGCAGUACAUGAUUCAGUUUAAAAUAUUUUCUUUUUCUUUUUUAAUUUAUUUUCUUUCUGAGAAAUUUUCUUUUUUGAUUUUUUUCUUCUUUUUGCUUGCUUUUGGCAACUUGUUGAUGUAAUAAAUCGAACGAUUUGAUUUUGAUUUAAAAUUUAUUUUUUAUGUUCUGUCAAUGAAGAGCAUUACCAAUGAUAACCAAGUUUAUGGAAA